UUUUCAAAUAUUCUCAUAUCUUUGGAAAGGAUCACUGAUAUUUAUUUAAGGACCGCCGUGCGUUUCAUGAGAAAGAAGCAUAACGCAUUGCAUGUGUACUUUGAUUUUUGCACUGAGAAUAAUGCUUUUUCUUGAGAAUCUGCUUAAAACGCAAGUUUCAGCGACAAGGAUAUUGAUGACUGCUUUCACCAUGGUGCUUGUUUUGAAUCUUCAAAGGGUAAUACCAGAAGUUAUAACAGCGUCAUUUGAGAUAAGACUUUUUCAUUACUUGCACAUCAGUGUUCUGGGAAAAAGACAUGUUGUCGAGCCCAUCGAUUGCAGCUUUGCAUGUCUACGAAAUGCGUUCUGUGUCUCAUUAAAUGUUGCUGCCGUUGCUGAUGGAAAAGGGAAGUAUUGGUGCGAACUUCUGUCGUCCAACAUCCACACCGAUGCUGCAAAACUAGCGGCAAAUUAUCGAUCACACCAUUACAGCCUUUCGCAGAAUUCUUGCGGCGGUGAAAUCUGCUCGAGUCAAGGGAAGUGUAGAGCAAUAUCCUCUAGAGACGGACCCUUCGAGUGCGUCUGUCAUCCCGGAUAUGUUGGAAAACAUUGUGAAAUUGCUGCACCGGAGUGCUUGAAUUAUAAAGUGCUAAGCGAACCAGAUCGGCACAUCUCCUACGGAAGAGGUAAAAAAAAAGACAGUUCCUUGAUCCCUGGCUGGUACAGAUUCCAGUCCUAUUUAUACGAAAAGAUGCCGAACUAUUGCGUCGAUCAUCACAAAUGCCACACAGACCUAACAGGCUGGUUAAAAGGCUCACAUCCAUCGAUAGAGGAUGGUAUUGUCGACAGGGAAGUUUGUUUCGUUGGAUACAACAAAUGUUGUUACAGAAGAGUUCACGUUCGUGUGAGAAAAUGUAAUGGGUUUUACGUGUAUUUCUUAAAACCACCUCCUCCAGGAAAUUUUCGUUACUGUGCAGUGUAGUGGACCCUUACUCUAAAAUGGCUAAAAAAAAUUGAACUUCCCUUAGAGAGAAAAAAAAGUGCUCUGAAAAUACUUGCUGUAAGAGCCCGGUUUAAUAAUUUGGCCUGGUCACGUGUUGGGAGCAAUGACGAUCUGUAAUUGUCUACAUUUACAGAUCUGCCUUUUUUCAGUUGAAACAGCAUUAAGCUGGAUAAUGUUAGAAGAAUAGCGAGUAAAAAAUGGUCUUUUAAUUUAAAGGUUUUUGGUGUAAAGUUCUGUUUAGCCGCAGGCGCUGCUUUUAGAAAGAAGGGUUCGAGUAAAAUUAAAGACACAGUUUAGCCAAGACUUAAAAAUGUGUUGGUCUGAAAUAAGAGUCUGACUCUUGUUACAAUUUGUGAGAUUAACUGACUUGUGCCCAGCUUGCAAAGACAAGACAAAAGCUUGCAUGGUCACCGCGCUAUCAACAUAAAGUGCAGCAACCUUUGUUUUCGCUUUGAAUUUUUGCCGGCUUUCGCUAACAGCAAUUAACUUUGACCUUUAUGGGCUCCUGCUUGUGCUGAAUUUGAUUAGAGUUACCCUCAUCACGGAGGGGAGCAUUUCAUUACAAAUGUAUAACCAUUUAUCCAUUCGCCGAGCGGAAAAGCGAUCAAAAUAUUGAACAAUAGAGUUCCAGAAAUCCUGUUGAUAUCUUUCAUUUUUAUGAGUAAUCUUGCUGAAUAAGUCGAAAAGACACCUGGUACCUGAAAGGAUUUGUGGGAAAGUAACUUCUGAUAAUCACUAGGUCUACCUAUUAGUCUCUAAAGAAACUGCUUCGGAAGGCAAUAGAAAUAGUUGAUUGGUUAUCAACUACGAUUAGAUAAAAGUAGUUACGAGAAUCUCAUACUGAUCAAAUAAAGGUUUGGAGGCA